CAGUGGAGUUUGCACUUCCCAGUCGAAUCUUUGUUUAUUAAAUUCCGCGGCAAUCGACUCCUCAAAUAUGGCCGCGUGUUCGCAAUCCCGCAGCGGCGGCGGCACCCGCCACACCACGGCGCGCCUCGUGGCGUCCCUCCCGGAACGUCGCCAACUGCGGCCGCGCCGCACGCAUCCCGCCCCGGUCUCCCGGGGCCCCCUCCGGCGUCCCGUGGCGGUGGGGAAGACCCGCCGGCGACGCCACACCACCACCCCGCGCCAGAUCCCGGCGCGCUCCAAACCGGAGCCCCGGCGGACGGGCUGCGUGCCCACGGGGGUCCGGAACCGGCCGACGGUCAAUCACAACUACCUCCUGCGGUCGCGCUCCCCCACCGACGCCCGAUUGCUCGGGACGGGGGUGGCGGAGCCCGGGAGUGUGCGGGGCUGACGUUCCCGCCCAAGCGCACCUCCACGUCCAGUCGCGAUAGUGGCAUCGAUUCGGCCACCGGGACGUCGGACUCGGAGGAUUCCAAUGCCAGCGGCUCGGAGAUGUCGGUGGCCGUGUCGCGGAGCAUUCCCACGGCGGAGAGUGUCCUGGCGCCGUUGUCGACGGGGAAUGAGGUGCCGGUGGUCAGUUCGGAGCCACAAAACAAUCCUGAUACAGGCUUCGCUGAUGCUGGUUUUUGCGAGGAGACUCCGGAAGAACCUACCGCAACCGGAAGUCCAUCCAAACGACCGCUCACCCCGACAUCCGACAACUGUCCCCCCGCGGCGGAUGCCCCGCCCGCCACCGCCGACUGUCACGUCAGCCACACCCUGCUGUGCGGCAGCGCGGAGCGCGAGGACAUCCCGCAGUUCCUGCAGGACAUCGACGACGUCAUCAGCGCCGACAACAGCCAGGCGGACGAGUCGCACGUGUCCAGCAACGGCCUGCCGGAUCUGCACUGCCACAGCGUCCUCAACGACUCCACGGCCACCAUCAGCCAGGAGAUUGUCCUGCAGCAGGAGCGCUCCACGCUCAGUGCCGACGCCGGCGGCGGGAUGACGUUUACGACGCAGAAGAUCACCACGACGUACCUGUAUACGGCGUCCGCCGGCGAACUGGAAUUUGUAACGGAGAUUUUCCGCACCGUGCAGCGUUUGUCGCCGGCCGUCCGAACGCCGGGUCUGCUCCCUCCAAAGACACGAUCCUGUCCCAAAUUCACACUGAUUCUGGAUUUGGAUGAAACGCUGGUGCACUGCUUCACGAACGACCCGCCGGCCAAGUACGACCACCACUUUACGGUGCGCGUGCCGGAUCUGUCGGGCGGCAGCGGGGAGAACCCGGAGCUGGCGGUCUUCGCCCGACUGCGGCCGUUUGUGAAGGAAUUCCUGACGCGCAUGGCGCGCCGCUUCGAGGUGGUCGUCUUCACCGCCUCCAUGAAGAGCUACUCCUCCAAGAUGCUGGACUUGCUGGACCCCGAUGGAUCUCUUAUCAAAUACCGGUUCUACCGUGACCACUGCAUCCCCGUGGGCUGCUCCUUCGUGAAGGAUCUGUCCAUUUUCGCGCGGGACCUGUCCAAGAUGAUCAUCGUCGACAACCAGAUCGCCUCCUUCGCCUUCCAGAUCGAGAACGGCAUCCCCAUCCGCAGCUGGAUCGGCGACGAUGACGACCGGGAGUUGUUGGCGCUGGCCGACUUCCUCGAAGCCAUCGCCGAUGACGAGGAAGUGGAUGUGCGCAGCGUGAUCCGGGAAUCAUUGAAAAUCCACCGCCAACUGCAGAACCACGUGGACACCUACUACUCGCAGCACUACCCCAGCACUCCCGUCUGGACCAUGUCCGCCCCGGCGUCGCCCGUCUUCUCCAGCUUCACACAGCCGCCGCCGCUGUGCGACACCAUGGACACGACGGAAUCUUGACGAGUAUUCCAAAGACGACACACCGACGAUUAUUCCCAGUAUUAAUUCAAACACAAAGCGGCAAUUUUGGACGGAAUUGUAUGGAAUUAAAUAAUAUGGAUGGAAGUGAGUGAAGGGGAUGUGGAUUGCUCGGGUGGACUGCCUCGGACCAGUAUUACAACGGAAAAGCGGAAGGAAAUACAGGAGAUGGGAUUUUAUUUCGAUUUAUUCGGAUGUUUCGCCUUCUUUUUCGCGUACGGUGUUUAAAGAGAGAGAGAGAGUUGUUUUAAAAAGCGGAGUUUUUGACUACAAAGUGUGUGUGUGCAGUUUUAUUUCAGCGGAUUUAUUGAGAAGUUUUUUCGUUUUCGGCUGCACCCCGGUUUUUUUGGGAUAUUUUAUUUCGGAGAAGGGCCUUAAAAUCAGCGGAUUAAUGGUGUUUGUGCUUAUGUAGAGUUUUGGAGAAUUAUUGGUGUAUUUUCGUGUCGUGUGGCGUUCUUUUCUUCUGUAAGUCUUUUUUUUUAGGUUUUAGCAGCCUGCGUUGGUGGCGGGUUGUUCGCUGUGGUUUUUGGUUUUACAGAUUUUUAGUUUUCUUUUUUUGGCGAUGUUUGACAAUAGUUUCUCGCUGCCUGCUGGUUAAUAAUACAGGGGAGUGAUGGUUAGCGCGAUGUUUGGUGUCGGCAGUAAAUAUUCGUGUUCGAUGGAAAA